AUGGUGUUAAGAACGGUGGAGGACAAGGAGGUGGUGGUGAUUGGUCAAUGCCGGAAUUAUCUGCCGAACGUGAUUUCGGUGUUAAGGGCUGAAAAGUUGAUGCGAAAGGGAUGCGAAGCCUAUUUGGCUUAUAUUAGCGAUACGGAGGUUAAGAGCCCUAUGGUUGAGGAGUUGAGAACAGUUAAGGAAUUUUCUGAUGUCUUUCCUAAGGAGCUGCCAAGGUUGCCGCCCAGUAGAGAAGUGGAAUUUGGAAUAGAGUUGUUACCUGGUACGGCUUCGGUAUCCAUCGCCCCUUAUCGGAUGGAACCAAAGGAGUUGGUGAAACUUAAGGCACAGAUUCAGGAAUUGUUGGAUCAAGGAUUCAUCCGACCAAGUGUGUUUCCAUGGGGAGCACCAGUGUUAUUCGUGAAGAAGAAGGAUGGGGCAUUGCUAAUGUGCAUCGACUACCAGCAGUUAAAAAAGUUAACUAUUAAAAACAAGUACCCUCUGCUGAGUGUCGAUGAUCUUUGUGAUCAGUUUAGGGGAGCUUCUGUUUUCUUGAAGAUUGACUUGUGUUUGGGGUAUCACCAAUUGAGGGUUAAGGAGGCGGAUGUUCAUAAAACAGCUUUCAGAUCUCGUUAUGGGCACUACGAGUUCUUGGUGAUGCCAUUCGGACUAACGAACGUACCUGCCACUUUUAUGGAUCCCGAGCCUGGGAAAGAGUUUACGGUUUAUAGUGAUGCGUCGCAUGUGGGCUUGGGCUGCGUGCUGAUGCAGGAAGGAAGGGUGCUUGCGUAUGCUUCACGGCAACUUAAGACUCAUGAGAUAAGGAGUAAGCAGUUGAUGGAUGAGACCUUAGGUGCUCGUCUUAAACAAGUAGAGAAUGGGGAGACAUUGGACUUUGGGAUAAACAAUGAAGGAGUGUUGUGUUUCCGUGGGAGAAUGUGUAUACCUAAAGACAAUGAUCUAAGACAGUCUAUUCUACGGGAAGCACAUAACAGCCUCUAUGCUAUGCAUUCUGGCGGGAACAAAAUGUUUUGGAAUUUGCGGGAGCUUUAUUGGUGGCUGGACUUAAGCGCGAGGUUAUGGAAUUCGUAA